ACCACACUUCUAUCACAAUUUCUAGUUAAUCGAACCAUUGGCUAAUGGAAUCGAGUUCUUCUUCUCGCUCGGACACUCGCUCGGACACUCACUCAUCCGGAUCAGCUGGAACCCUCCAACGCGGAAAGGCAUGUCUCAACUGCAGAAGGCGCAAAAUGAAAUGUGACGGAAUUCGCCCCAUAUGCGGCCCAUGUGAGCGCUCCAACAGACCUGAUGACUGCGAGUACACAGAUGGUCAAGGCCGAAGCCGAACACAGAUCUUGGAGGAGAAUAUCUCAAUAUUGGAAGCGCGAAUACAGGAACUAGAGAAUCCCGAUACCACACCAGCGUCAGUUACCCUGCACGAUCCUCAUUCAGCCUACUACAGCAGGCAUUCCUCUCCUUCUGCUGGAAUAUCUCUUCAUUCGCCUGGUGCCUCACACUCACGCGGACAAUCUACGCCCGCGAUCGGGGCACGUACAGCUGAUGCCAUGGUCCAAGGCACUUGGUCGCCAGCCGAUGAUCCUCCAUUGCACGUUAUACAGAACCUAUUGGACAUAUUUCACCAACAUGCACCUCAAAUAGGGUGGUUCUUAAAUGACACCCGCUUCCGCCAUGCCGCCUUACUACCAUAUGGUAAUAUAAAUCGCCCCCUACCUGCCCUUCUGAGUGUCGUCUAUCUUUGGGGCACCUUUUUUGCUCGCCUGACUUCGAAUAGCGAACUUCCGAAUGAGCAAUUGCUUCUUUCUCGCGCUAGGACACAGAUAGGUCACUCGAUGCCUAGCAUGCCCUCACAUCGAAUCCUACAGACGAUACAGACGUAUACUCUUCUUGCUACCUAUCUCUUCGUCACUGGUAAUUACCUGGAAGGUCGACAAUACUGCAAUUUUGCGGCAUCUCUUGUUAUGUCCUGCGGACUGCAGAAGAUCAGGACUGAACAGCUCGAUCGAGGUUUUCCAACCUCCAUUGACGCGAUCGACCUCACACUGCCCGAACCGCACGAUCAGAUCGAGGAGGGUGAGCGCAUCAACGCGUUCUGGACAAGUUUCUCGAUGGAUCGGUGCUGGGCUAUAGCUCUUCAAACCCCUACGAUCAUUUCAGACAGCGACGUUUACGGCGCGCAAAUAGAUACGCCCUGGCCUUUGGAGAUGGAGACGUAUGAAAGGGGUCAGAUAUAUCCCAAUCUUCGGACAAGUGGCACGCUACGUAACUUCCUAGGUGGAAUCAAUACUGGUUGGCCGUGGGAAGCCCAGUCAUGGCUGGCCCAGACAAGUAAAGCAUCGGCGUUGUUCGAACGAGCGACGCGUCUGGCUGCGUGUUGGCGACCGGGUAUCCAUAUCGUUUUCUUGCAAGGUCGUGAGCAUGAACCUGACUUCUCAUCGUUAGGGAUCCCAGAUAUCAAUUCGUUUUACGCGGAGUUCUUGGCCUUAGAUCAGCGCAUUGAUGACUUCAAAUCACAGCUCUACCCUUUGGUGGCCCUGGACCAGGUUCCGUCCAUCAUGACGCGUUGUUCUCACACGGUCCACUGUUUAGCGCAUGGAGCGACGAUACAGUUACACGCAGCGUUUGCGCUCCAAAACCCAGCUUCCCACAACAAGUGUCUUGCAGCAGGCACGGCGAUCAUGCAAGCGAACUCAGAUGCCAGAGUAUACGAAUGGCCGUUCAUGAAUCCUGUCGUCGGGGUCGUUUGGGGUGCGGCGUGUAAGCUCUUCGUGAACGAGAUAGUAUCGUUGCAUUCUUUCCACGUUGAUCCCACAACUGUUCCACCUAAUCACGAGAGGAGCAUCAAGGAUUCGCUGGACAGGCUUCAAGCGACCCUUGCUAUAUUUGCGCCGACGAGCGCACUAAUGAGUAGGCAUCCCAAUCCUGCAUCGAAGUUCUUGCAAGGGAGGCCUAAUUCCCCUUUGCACUAGAUUAUCAAUUAAACAGGGUACAACAAAUCAGCGGAUCGCUAUAAUGAUACAAUCUUGAUCAUGACUGAAGUCGGCGGGAGCAUCCCACACUUCUGCAUAGAUCCCCACAGAGUCAUAUCAUGAACGGCGAUGUACGCUUCUUUAGUUACAGUAUCCAGCUUUAGCAUAGUACAUGUAGACACUCAGAUAGAUGAAUGAUGCAAUAAUCUCGCUUCU